AUGAACAAUGAAGUACGUAAGUUGGUGAAUUUAUAUAUCGGAAAUACCUCCCGUUUUUACCAAUUUCAAGUUGUUAAAACCCACUAUAAUGAGGAUGAUUACAUUGAUAACCCUUCCAACAAAAAGAGUACAAACUACAAACUUAUUGAGGCUCAGACUAAAAUUAAAGAAAGGUAUCAACUCUUAUUAGGAAGUAACAAUGUUUAUCAAGCUGACAAUGGUUUCAAACUUUAUGGAGAAGACAGAUUAUUGACUAUAUUACGAACUUUAGGCCUAGUUUUAGCUGAAAAUGGUACUAUUCAUAUUCCAAAUCAUUUUCUUGUCAAUACAGAAACUGGAAAUAAUUCUCAAGUCUCCAACUCUCUAACAUUUACCACUAAUAAUCACCUACUCAGCAAUCUUAAAAAACAAAUCAAGCAAGAACUAAAAAAGUUUGAUUCCGACUUUCAAAUUAUAUAUGGAAGAACUCCUUCCAAAACUGACAAAGAACCACUCAAGCCUUUAUAUUUACUUUAUAAACAACUCAAAGAUUCGGCUUCUCAAGUUAGAGAAUCCACCAUUCAAGACUCAACCUCAGAAUUAGAGUUACUAAAGCAGAAGAAGAACCAGCUGAGAGAAUUUCUUGAGACAUAUCAAAACGAAUUCUUCAAUGAAAAUCACAGAAAGGUUCUAUAUCACAAAGAUUUACUACCUAUAGAAAAAGAAUACCUCGAAUAUAAAUCAAUCAAGAACAAAAUCAAACAGCUUGAAGGAUUAUACUCGAGUUCAAGGUAA